UGUAGUUUGGGAGUGCUCCUCAACCCAGAGUUAUCCUUGGAGUUCCAGGAGACUACUGUGGUGAGGUACGCAUUCCUCCAGCUUCGGCUGGUCCAUCACUUAGAGCCUAGCGAUACUGUUCUAUACUCUACUUACCUCCCGAUUGGACUAUUGUAACACGCUCUACAUGGGGCUGUUCUUGAAGACCGUUUGGAUACUUCAGUUGGUUCAGAAUAGAGCAGCCAGGCUGUUAACAGGGACCAGCAGAAAUGUGCAUAUAACGUCAGUCCUUUACCACCUACCACAGUUGAAGUCUGGGCUCAAUUUAAGGCAUUGAUGAUGACUUAUAAAGCCCUAAAUGGUUCAGGACCUGUGUAUUUGAAGGAGUGUUUCCUUUCAUAUGUCCCUGCCUGUCCCUAAGAUCUGGGUCAGAGUUCCUUCUUUGGGAGCCUUCCUUGAAGGAGAUCAGGAGAAUGGCUGCCUUCUCUGGAGGUGGCACACCAUCUUUGGAAUAUGCACCCCAGAGAGGUGUGCCUGGUGCCAACAGUUUAUUCAUGUAAAGUGUAAAAAAAGAAGAGUGAUGAACCAGUGGCAAGCCUCUCUCCAAUGUGCUGCUUUGUCGCUUUGUAGGAUUGUCAUUAGUUGUCAGAUCAGAGAUCACAGAAAGUAAUCUAUGGAAAAAAAGAAAACAAAAGGAAAAAACCCUACAGCAAGUGAGAAGUGCUUGCCAUCACUAUAGGUUGACUGAAGGGGAAGCAGGGCAGACACAAACAGUGAUGCUGAUUGUCUGUUGGGUGUAACAUGGGCUGAUUUCUUUAUUAAAUUUAUAUCUAACCUUUUUUCCUUCCGAGGAAUUUCAAGUGACUUACAUGAUUCUUUACUUUUUCUCAAUAUUAUCCUCACAACAACAACCCUGUGUUGGCUGGACUGAGAAUCUGUGACUGGCCCAAAAUAACCCACUCAUCUUCAUGGUUGAGUGGGGACUAGAAUCCAGAUCUCCUGAGUUCCGCAUAGCUUAUUCAGAGGGUGAACCUGAUGCACGUACCUGGCUGGAACAACAUGUAGUUGCUCAAUAUUGGACUGGCAGAGCUUUUCGUUUUUCCCAUAGUUUGCAUUUUCAUUCUAAUUUAGCUGCUGUAUGGGAGCAGCACAUAUAUAGUAGCGAUCCCUUGUAUGUGCCAGAAGAAAGAAUUCUUGUCACUGAAACACAGGUCAUUCGGGAAACAAUUUGGCUUCUUUCAGGUGUGAAAAAUCUCUUUAUAUUUCAGCUGAACGAGGGAAAAAUUACUGUGAGAAAUGACAUCAUGGUAACCCAUUUGACCCAGAACUCAUUACGAUCAAUGCUGGAGAGGAUAGCAGCAUAUGGGCAAGUUGUAUUUAGGCUGCAAAAGUUUAUUGAUGAAGUUAUGGGCCACAGUUCAGAAACUGGAAUACAUGGGACCAUAUCCACUCCCAAGAAAUCUACAGAAGCCCCAUUUAGAACCUAUCAAGCUUUCAUGAGAGCCCUUUAUAAAUAUUUCAUUAGUUUCAAAGAGGAACUUACUGAAAUAGAAAGGUGCAUAAUCAACAAAGAUACUACAAUUACUCUUUCCAUAGUAAUGGAUAAGCUGUCACAUCGACUUGCACAGCUGAAGGUGCUUCAUAAAGUUUUUAGCACUGGAGUUGCAGAAGUGCCACCUGACACUCGCAAUGUUGUUAGAGCAUCUCAUUUGCUUAAUACACUGUACAAAGCCAUUCUUGAUUAUGACAACGUUGGAGAAGCCUCUGAGCAGACGGUCUCCCUUUUGUUUUCUCUCUGGGUGGAAACAGUAAGGCCAUAUUUACAGACAGUGGAUGAAUGGAUUGUCCAUGGUAACUUAUUUGAUCCUGCUAAGGAAUUUAUAAUUCAAAGAAACAAAAAUGUUCCAGUUAAUCAUAGGGAUUUUUGGUAUGCCACUUACACUUUGUACAGUGUAUCAGAGAAGACAGAGAAUGAAGAGAAAAUGAGUGAUAAUGCUAGUGCUAGUUCUGGAAGUGAUCAGGCACCCUCAAGCAGACAGCACACCAUGGUCUCUUUUUUGAAACCAGUGUUAAAACAAAUAAUUAUGGCUGGAAAGUCUAUGCAGUUGUUGAAGAACCUGCAGUGCACAGAUGGCUCUCCUCAGCAGGCUGCAUCAAGAGAUGCUGAAAGGAAGAGCUUGUACAAAUUAUUUCUGGAGUCUGUGCAGUCGAGGUUGCGGCAUGGGGAAGAACCUGUUCAAGAUAUUAUUACAGAACAGCAGGCUACCAAGCAGAGCCUAAUAAAGAUGCAGUCUAUUGCAGAAAGACAUUUAGAAUUAGAUGAUGUUCAUGAUCCCUUGCUGGCUAUCAAUUUUGCAAGAUUAUAUUUGGAGCAAAGUAACUUUCAUGAGACACUUACAGGUGAUGAUGUCUGCAUGGAUAGAUCAUCCGAAUCAGUUACGUGCCAGACAUUUGAACUGACUUUGAGGUCUUGCCUUUAUCCUCACAUAGACAAGCAAUAUCUAGAGUGCUGUGGGAAUUUAAUGCAAACUUUGAAAAAAGAUUACAGGUUGGUAGAGUACUUGCAGGCAAUGAGAAACUUUUUCUUACUUGAGGCCGGUGAUACUAUGUAUGACUUCUACACAUCAAUUUUUGAUAAAAUACGAGAGAAAGACACGUGGCAGAGCGAACCAUUCCUUAAUGUCCAACUUCAAGAAGCUGUUGGACAGCGUUAUCCAGAGGAUAGUUUAAGGCUGUCUAUACUGUGUGAAAAUACUGAUAUAGCAAAGAAAAAGCUUCCUGUUCAUACCUUGGAUGGCUUAAUACUGAGUUAUAAGGUUCCUUGGCCUGUGGAUAUAGUUAUAAGUGUGGAAUGUCAAAAAAUUUAUAAUCAAGUGUUCCUUCUAUUAUUACAAAUAAAGUGGGCCAAAUAUAGUCUAGAUGUGCUACGAUUUCAUGAAGUAGUCAGGGCAGCAGAAAAGCCCCAGAAUAAAGGAGUAGCUGUGCUUGAGCAAGAGUCACUUCCUCAGUUUGGAUCACCGUUGGAGUCCAUUAAACAGCAAACUCACCGCAUGUUUCUUUUAAGGAUGAAACUCAUGCAUUUUGUUAACAGCCUACACAACUACAUCAUGACCAGGAUACUUCACAGUACAGGUUUGGAGUUUCAACAUCAAGUAGAAGAAGCAAAAGAUUUAGAUCAGUUGAUUAAAAUUCACUAUAGAUAUCUUUCUACAAUUCAUGAUCGUUGUCUGCUGAGAGAAAAGGUUAGUUUUGUGAAAGAAGCUAUAAUGAAAGUGCUGAACCUAGUUCUGAUGUUUGCAGAACGUUGGCAAGCUGGUUUGGGAGCUUGGAAGAUGGAGUCCAUAACCAAGAUGGAAUCAGAUUUUAAAAAUUGCCACAUGUUCCUUGUGACAGUACUAAACAAAGCAGUCUGUAGAGGUUCGUUCCCACAUUUGGAGUCUUUAGCUUUAUCACUCAUAGCUGGAAUGGAACAAAGUUAGCAAAAUACAGAUUCACUUGAACUACUCAAACUCUUGGAGCUUCAUCCUGCCAACAUUGAGUUACUGCAUUAUUUGACAUAGCUUGACAUAGCUUCAGCCUUCAAGGAACUGUACUCUCUGUGCUAGAAUUUAAAUAUCUGUGGAUAAUGUACAGCUGCUUGUGCUUGAAACUGUAAACUUUUGCAUGUAAAUAAAAUAUUUAAUGAUACAAUUAUUUAUAUUCUGUUUUAUAUAAUAUUAAAUGCUAAUCUGGCCAGAUCCUGUCUGUUUUUUUCCUCUGUGAGGAACAAACAGUAAAAUUAAUGCUGCAAAAAAGCCUUUUAAAUUCCUAUUGGGUCCUUUGUCAGAACUAGCUACCUAUACAUAAAUGCAGUGAUAGUAAUAUAUUAUCAGGAAUCAUUGGACUGAAUUCACCUUUCCUCUUCCUAAGAUGUAAUGACUUGUUGGUUGAUUGGAAAUUUCCACAUUCAUAGUCAUCAUGACAAAUGGUACCAUUUUAUUGAUUUUUUUCCAUGGAAAUGAAUGGAUAUUGUUAAAGUGUUUUAUGCCAAUAUUAACUUAUCAGAAAUAAGGGUAGAAUAUACUCUUAUCUAUAGAUAAGAAUAUUCCCAAUAUAAAGGAUAGUAUCCAAUGUGGCUUUUCUACCUUCCUGACUGCAUUGCAGGAGCCAUCCCCACUGCUUGUGCAACAGCAAUUUAGCACAGAGCAGUUUUGAAAUGAGUGAAAACUCAAACUCAUUUCUGGAAGGAAACAGGUCACUAGUGGUCACAUAAGGGAGCUUCUCUCACCUGCCUCCUCCCAGAAAUUAGAUCUUUCUGUUCAUUUCAGGACUUUUUCAAGGAAGUACCAAAUCUCCUUUGUGCAAGUGGUAGGUCUAUUCCACACAUAAUUAGUGGGACUCACCACUUGCACAAUGGAAUCAACGUGGCAAAAACAAUAAUAAAAAGGGAACAUAAAUGGUCCAUUGGAUACUGCCCAAAAUUAACAUCUGGAAUGCCUGACAGCUUUUGAAAAUUCAUUUAAGUUUUGCAGUCUUAAUUGAUAUCAUGGCAAUUAAUGUAAUAGGAUGUUCUGUAUUUGUAUUAUUAGUUUAUAUAGUAUGUAAAGAUAAUUCCUUCUCUAUACUGCAAAUGCAGUUCUACUUUAUUUUUGUUUUAUUCUGAAUGUAACUUCCUGGGAAAUGCUGUUGCUUUAAUAAAGAAGCUUGUUAUUGUG